AUGACACCCCGUUGCUUCAUUGUCCGUCACGGCGAGACAGAAUGGUCCCUUAACGGGCGGCAUACCGGCAUCACCGACUUGCCGCUUACAGCAAACGGCGAGAAACGGAUCAAGGCAACGGGUAAAGCGCUGGUCGGCAACGACCGACUGAUCGUUCCAAAGAAGCUGGUGCAUGUCUACGUAUCUCCCCGCACUCGCGCCCAACGUACCCUCGAGCUCCUCGAAAUCGGCUGCAAAGAGAGACUCCCAUGGACCGAGGCCAGAAAAUCAGAAGAGGAGGAACCCAUCCGCACGGAAGCCGAGGUGGAAAUCACCGACGCGAUCCGGGAAUGGGACUAUGGCGAUUAUGAAGGAUUGACGAGUAAGCAGAUCAGGGAGCUGCGGGAGAAGAAUGGCCAGGGGCCGUGGGAUAUCUGGAGGGAUGGAUGUCCAGGUGGAGAAUCCCCGGAAGACGUCAUUCGUCGACUUGAUGCCUUGAUCGCCGAGAUUAGGGAGAAAUACCACAGUAGAUGCUUCGAGGGCUCGUCAGGCGGCAAAGGGGACGUUCUGAUCGUUGCACACGGCCAUAUCCUCCGCGCGUUUGCCAUGCGGUGGACCCGAAAGCCACUCUCGGAGACAGCGCUGAUCCUGGAAGCUGGAGGAGUCGGUACAUUGAGUUACGAACACCACAACAUCCACGAACCGGCGAUCAUCCUCGGUACCGCCGGUUUCGUCGUAGAAGAGUAG